ACUCUGUGCUUAUUGUUUACACUACUUCGUCAUACGCCUACCAUAUUUUGAGUUCUCACCGUCUCUGUUAAUAUUAAACAGUAAUUAGAGCAUAUUAUAAUAUUAUUAUUGAAGCAAAAGUCUUCCAUAUUAGAUAGCAUUCGGAGUGUACAUCUUUUGCACAGCACGCAGAUCUAGAAGAAGCGCUUCUGUGGAAAUGUGGAAAUCUCAGGUUGGCGUGGGAAACCUUCCGAAGCCUGGUGCUUCCGAUGAUUGGGACACGGAUCCUGAUUAUGUGAAUAAUGUCACGGAGAAAGAUCAGCGCUGGGGUGCGAAACAUAUUAGUGGAUCUGGGCACCACGAGUCAGUUGACUUGAACCAGCUGCGGAAUGAAGUUCGCAAGGAUGACAGUGCUAUCAAAAAGAAAGUUUUAGAAGAGCAGAAACCUGGCUACGGAUAUGGAGGAAAAUACGGCGUGGAAACUGAUCGCAUGGACAAGAGCGCAAUGGGGGCCGAUUAUCACGCUCCCCAGGAAAAGCACGCCUCACAGACCGAUUACCAAAAAGGGUUCGGCGGUAAAUUUGGCGUGAUGGAUGAUCGCGUGGAUAAAUCGGCGGCCGGAUGGGAUUACAAGGCGGAUGUGGUGAAGCACCAGUCGCAGAAAGACUACAAAGGAGGCUUUGGAGGCGAGUUCGGUGUGCAGACCGAUCGGCAGGAUAAAUCGGCGGUAGGAUGGGAUUACCGUGCGCAGAACGAAAAGCAUGAAUCGCAGAAGGACUACAAAGUCGGCUUUGGUGGACAAUUUGGUGUGCAGCAGAAUGCCCAGGACCAGAGCGCCGUGGGGUGGGAUUAUCAAGAAAAAACCGAUAAACACUCCUCGCAGAAAGACUAUUCCGCCGGUUUUGGAGGGAAGCACGGUGUCCAGCAAACGGUGGAUAAAUCGGCCGUAGGUUGGGAUUAUCAAGCGAAGAAGGAAGCACAUGCUUCACAAAAAGAUUACAAAACGGGCUUUGGUGGGCAGUUUGGUGUUCAAAAAGAUCGGCAGGACGCGGCAGCCGUCGGCUGGGAUCAUCGCGAAAAAGUCGACGCUCACGAAUCACAAAAAGAUUAUAAAAAGGGAUUCGGUGGGCAAUUCGGGGUGCAGAGCGACCGACAGGAUAGUUCGGCUCAUGGUUUCGACUUUAAAAGUCCUACAGAAGCACAUGAAUCACAAAAAGAUUACAAGGCCGGAUUCGGAGGCCAGUUUGGUGUGCAGAAAGAUAGGCAAGACGAAUCGGCGCACGGUUGGGAUGAGGCCCCGGAAAAACCUAAACCUGGUGCUAAGAAGGUUGACAUUGAAAACGGCAGCGCCAAAGCAUCCAAUUUGAAGGCUAGAUUUGAAUCAAUGGCGCUUGAUGGAGCAAAGGAAACCCAAAAGAAACUGGAAGAAGAGCGUUUGCGCCGUAAGGCUGCUGAGGAGAGAGAACGAGAACAGUCUAAGCGAGCGGAAGAAGAACGCCAGAAAGUUAUUGCGGAAGAGCAUAAAAAGUUGGAAGAGGAAGAAGAACGGGAGCGACAACGUACCGGAAAAGAUGCCUCGGACGAGGAAGAAGAGGAAAAGGAGCUGAAACCGUCUCAGCAAGCCUUCAGAUACGAUGCGCCUGCAUCCGUGCCAUCACCGCCCCGGAGGAAGCUAUUCGACGACGACGAUGAACAAUCGGCUCCUGUGCAGCCGGAAACACGGACCGCGGUGGUACAACCCAGUGAAAUUAAAGUCCCUGAGAAGCAGCGAUCAUCUAGUGGUGCUCGUCAUCACGAAGAUCGGGUUGGAUCCGAAAAUGUUUAUUCAACCGGUUCUCCUACUGAACAUUCGGGCGGUACUGCCAAAGCAGUUGCCUUGUUCGAUUAUCAAGCAUCGGACGAUGAUGAACUGUCUUUCGAACCCGAUGACAUUAUUACUAAUAUCGAAUUUGUUGAUGAUGGAUGGUGGAGAGGAGAAUGUAGAGGAAAAGUGGGCCUUUUUCCUGCUAACUAUGUCGAGCUUCAGCAAUAGCUGAAAAGGACCAAGAUUCGCUUUCUCAAGCAUGUUCCGUUAGCUUUUUUUUGGCUGGCACUUUUCCAUUGUUUGAGCUGUUUAUACCUUUUUUUAAGCUUUGAAUGUGUAUUAUAAGGCUGGUGCCUUUUUUAUGAUGUUAUGCAAUUUUAUUUGUAAUUUUCUGAUUUUUAUUGUGGUUUAAAUUUUGACCUGCUUUGUGACUUCCUGUUGGUGUUGCCUGCUCUAAGAAACACCGGUCUAAUCGAAAAGCAGAAAUUCAGCAAUAAAAUUUAUGUGUGGAUCAACAAUCAAAUUUCCAUCGAGA